AUGUUUUCUGAGUGUUGCCAGUCUCCCUGUGCCCCCUGCUGCGAGGGUGGUGAGCAGGCGCAGUUGGCUCCUGCUGUGCAGCAGCCAGGCAGCCGCCUGGUUUCUGGGGUUGUUGCUACCCAGGGCGAAGCACGAAUUUUGGAGCCCCUUGUCCAGGAACGUGUUGUCGAGGUUCUGAAAGAGGAGAUCCAGGAGCGCAUCAUCGAAGUUCCGCAGGUGCAGUAUGUCGACAGGAUCGUUGAGGUGCCGCAGCAUGUUGUCCACGAAAAGAUCACCCAUGUUGCCAAACCCAUCAUCCAGGAGCGCGUCAAGCACGUUCACAAGCCCGUCUACCAGCAGAAAAUUAUCGAGGUCCCCCAGGUUAAGGUUGUCGACAAAAUCGUUGAGGUUCCUCAGUACAUCUACCAGGAGAAGAUCAUCGAAGUGCCUCGUGUCGUUGUGCAAGAGCGCGUAAUCCCUGUUCCCCGCAAAGUUGUCAAGGAAAGGGUCGUCGAGAUCAGCCAGGUGGACUACCGCGAUGUGGCAGUCGAGAGGGAGGUCGAGGAGGUUCAGGUUGUCCAGCAGGAUGAAGUCGUUGAGGUCCCGCAGCCAGUUGUUGUUGAGAAGGUCGUUGAGGUCCCGCAACCGAUUGCUGUUGAGAAGGUCGUUGAGGUUCCGCACAUCCAGCACACGUAUCGCAAUGUUAUGACCCCCCAGUACCGCCACAUCCCCAAACCCGUCGAAGUCCCUAUGACCCACUACCGCCCUAUUCCAGUUGAGAAGAUUGUCGAUCGUAACGUCCCCGUUCCGGUCGAGCUUCAGAUUGUCCAGGAGUACCUCUGCCCCAAGAUUGAACCCCGCUACAAGGAGGUCCCUGUCCCCGUGCACGUGCAGCGCACCAUCGAGCACCCUAUUCCCAAGGAGGCGAUGGGCAACCCUAAGCUCCUUCCUCUGUACUACCAGGGCAGCCAAGAGGCUGCCGAGGGCAUCGCGCAACAGGGCCCGUGCUAUGGUUUCUCUGCAUGCUGCAUGCCUCGCCGCGAACAAGUACCUGAGCUCGGAACCAUGGGCAGCACCGUCGAAAUCUUGGCGCAGCAGGGAUACCCCACGAUGGCCCCGCCUCAAGGAUGGGACGGCACCGCGCCGCCCGCCGGCUGGGCAGGCUGGUCGAAGGACCAUGUCCCCACGCCACUGCGGUCUGAGCAGCACAGCGGAGCAAUGACUCCACUCGCUGGUUCCGGCGCUCCAGGUGCUCCCGCCUCUCCGGCUCUUAGUGCACAGGAUAUGCAAGCGAUGCAGCAUCAGAGUGGCGAGGGACCGUUUGUGCAAGUGGCUGUCACGCCGCUUGCUCCCGGACAGCAGAGCCAAGUCAACCUCAACUAA